AUGGUUUUGAAUAAAGAGGAUUUCGACAAACCAAAAUCUGAAGUCAUGGGAUCCAAGUCUACCGAGGAAUUCGCAAUCACAAGAACAGCAAGACAUUUUCGUCCAACUCAUUUCUUACUUAAAAUACAAUCAUACUCUUUAUUGUGCGAGACUGGGGUGGAAAAAUACGAGUCUGGUGUUUUUGAAGCUGGGGGGCACAAAUGGAGGUUGUCUCUCUAUCCAAAAGGAAACAAGAAAAUGAAUGGGACUGAUCACAUCUCCCUUUAUUUGUCAAUAGUUGAUACAGAAAAGUAUUCUCUUGGUUGGGAGGUUUAUGCCACCUUCAAAUUGUUCGUGUUUGAUCAGAUACGGGACAAGUUCUUGACCAUUCAAGAUGCUGAAGGGACGAUUAGAAGAUUCCAUGACAUUAAGAUGGAAUGGGGCUUUGACAAAUUUCUCCCUCUUGAUUCUUUCAAUAAUCUUCCUAAUGGAUACCUUGUCAAUGAUUGUUGUGUAUUUGGUGCUGAGGUUUUUGUUCAUGAACGUAGUGCCAAACGAGACUAUCUGUCCAUGAUAAAAGAACCUUCUAACCGAAUUAUGACUUGGAAGAUUGAAAACUAUUCAACACAACAAGAUAAAGUACCCAUUUAUUCCCGCAUAUACGUUGUUGGAGAUUUAAAAUGGAAACUACUGGUUUAUCCCAAGGGAAUUCAUGACGGAGCAAACAAAGCCAUUUCCGUCUUCCUCUACUCAGUUGAUUGUGUUACACCAGACCUCAAAAUUUUUGCAGAAUUCAAGCUGCGGAUAAAGGACCAAAUCAACCAUAAACAUGCAGAAGAAAAAACUAAAUACUGGUUCUCUGCCGCAUUUAGCGACUGGGGUUUUUCGCAACUUUUGCUUCGAAAAGAUCUUGAAGACAAGGGGUUUCUUGUUGAUGAUACCUUGAUUGUAGAAGCAGAAAUUAUGGUUAUGUCUAUUGCAAAGUAGUUCUCAAUAUUUAUCUCGGAGUUGCACUUGGGAAGACUAGAGAAGUAUGAUUGUCGCAGUUGUAAAGAUGUCAAUGUUAAGAUACUUCAAAUUUACCAUGGUUAUUUUAGAAGCGCAUACUGUAUAUAUAUAUUAUGAAUGAUCAAUUUAAUACACUCUAUCUACAGUAUUAAGGAAAAAAAAGAAGCAUUA